AUGGUCACCGAUGACUCUUUACUUCGAGGCUCGACAUUGCUAGAACAGAUGUUCCAGCGCGGUGUGCGAAUUGCUGCAAUCACAGCAAAAGAUAAGCUGCGCAAGAUCCUUGCUUACGGAUUGAAGGGGUCCAUCUGUUUCUCGUCUGAGAAAGCUGCAGAAUGCACCCUGGAGGAGAACGGUAUUACCGACGUGGAGAAGUGGCUUGGCCAGACCGCGCCUAGUCAAUACUCUGGCGACUUGUCUUUAUUCGUGCUUGAUGCAGGACACAAACAUGCACCAGGAAGCAACGAGGCUGAUGAGUUCAUGGGCGCCAUUGACGAGAGGUUGCAAAAGCUCGCUGCUUCGGCUUCUAUCAUCGGUGUCACCGGGGACCAUGGCAUGAGCCAAAAGUCCAAUCAAGCAGGGGAACCCAAUGUUCUCUUCUUGGAGGAAGUGCUCAAUUCCAAAUUUGGACCGGAUGCUUCCAGAGUGAUCUGUCCCAUUACGGAUCCGUUUGUCCGACACCAUGGCGCACUUGGCUCAUUCGUGCGUGUCUAUCUCAAAGAUAUCACCCUGCUUGAUGGGAUGGCACUCUUUUGUCAAUCGCUCCCAGAAGUCGAGAUUUCUCUGAGUGGCAGGGACGCCGCACAGAAAUAUGAGAUGCCUCUGGACCGUGAAGGAGACAUCGUCGUGAUUUCCAAAAUAAAUGUCGUAAUUGGGAGUACAAAAGCCAACCAUGACCUUUCGAACUUGAAAGAUCAUCCUUUGCGAUCGCAUGGAGGAUUGAGCGAGCAAGACAUUCCAGUCAUUAUGUCGAAGCCGCUGAGCAAUACCAACACUGGAGUGACGAAGGGCUGGAGGAACUGUGACAUCUUUGAUCUUGUUCUCAACUGA